AUGAUGACUGAUGAUGAAAUCCUGGGAAUCAUAUACUUGCAAGUAACUGGAGUUGGAGUUCUAUGGAAUUGUGUCAUCCUAUUCCUAAACAUCUAUAAUUUCCUCAUUUCUCAUAGGAUGAGACCUAAAAACCUAGUUAUCAGCCAUUUGGCCUUUUCCAAUGCUAUAUUUCUUCUCUUUGGGGGAAUACCCAGUGCAACAAGGAUUUGGAAAAUGAAAUGUUUACUGGAAGAGCUGGGAAUUAGAAUAAUCACAUACAUGCAGGCAAUAGGUCGAGGUCUCUCCCUAGAUAGCACCUGUCUCUUGAGUGCCUUCCAGGCUAUCACCAUUUGUCCCAACAACUCUAGAUGGGCACAGCUCAAAAUCAGAGCACCAAAAUGCAUCAUUCAGUGCAUUCUUUUAUGCUGGGUAUUCAAUCUACUUCUACAUUUGUUGUUAUUUUUCCUCCAAAUUAGCCCUCAGAAUAGCACAGACAGUAAAUAUGGAUGCAACACUGGUUAUAGAAUCCUAGAUAUGAAUAAUGAAAAUCACAUAAAAAUCAAAAUCUAUUCAUUUGUCCAUGAUUCUUUGUUUCUGUGUUUUAUGACUAGUUCUAGUGUCUAUAUGGUUGUAAUACUGCACAGACACAAGAGAUAUGUUGAACAUAUUCAUAAUAGUCAAUCCACCAAAAUAUCAGCUGAAACCAGAGCUACUCAAGCUAUCCUACUUCUAGUGAGCAACUUUGUUUUGUUUAAUAUAUUCAGUCCCAUUUUUAUGCUGUCUAUGUCCUAUUUUAAAUACCCAAACACUUGGAUUAUACAAACCUCAAUCUUUCUCUCUCUGGGAUAUCCAACAGUCAGCCCUUUUCUUUUGAUCAGUGCUGAUAAACAGAUUCUCAGGGAUUGUGCUCACUGA